AUGUUCAAGUUAAGUGUGGCUAUUUGUUUCUUAAUCGCUCUUGCUGUAGAGUCGGCCAAAAAAGAACUGAGAGAAUUCCAUUUUACAAAAGUGAAAGAUGUGAAAAAUGAAUUUAACUUCGAAUAUAUAGUGAAUGGCGUAACGUUAUACAGUGGCAAAACGACUCCUUUGAGUGAAAAAGUACCCGGACUCUAUCUGAUGGUCGGUCCAGAUGCUCAAUUCUUUUGGGUCAAACUGACAAACGAUCAGCUCAAACAAGAUUCAUUUGAUGAACUUGUGCGACCGGUGGAAUUUGAUACACAGCACGAGGUGUUGGCUGAUCUGAAAGAUGAAUUCUGUCACUAUAAAUUAUACAAUAAUGGCAGAUUAACAGGAGGAACUUAUAAUGCAGAUUGGGAUCUCGAUAACAUUAUUUUCACAUUGGCCGAUUCUCGAACAAAAGUAUUCGACUACACAAUCUCUUCGAAGAACAAUAACAGACAAAUUGUGGGCAGAACGUCCCACGACGAUGACCCGCAUGUACAAAAAGUCCUUGUUCCAGAUCAUCAUCAAUGUUAUUCAUUUCAAGCUAUUUUCACCGACGAUGAACUGCGUUCGAGCAAAGAGAUUCAUAAGAAAGUCAUCCAGGUGUUGAGGUGUACUCCUCUCCAUCCUGUAAGAGCUACAACUCCCGUAUAUUAUUCGCAAGUAGAUAUUGAACCGGUACUAUUCAGAAACUUGAUCAGUUUAUCACGUGACGAAUAUUAA